CACUCAUGGCUACACGUUCCUGCAGUUGUGUAAAAAGUGCGAAACUUCUACAAAGUCUACAAUAGGUCCAACAGAUAGUCAAAAGUAUGGCAAGAAAUCACCUUGGGGCAGUGCUUAAAAAACACACAAUAAAAGAUUUAAUAGAAAGAAACAACUGCUUGGGCUGCAGAUCAUCUCCGGUGUGUUAAAGACACACAUCACUUCUCAUCUUGUUAACAGUUUUCCCACAAAAUGGAGGAAGUUGAAGGAUUGCUUAACAGACUCAACACUUUACUCACUGCUCACCGUUACUUGACUGCCAAAAAUAAUGAAGAGCUUUUUCUCAACAAGCUGCAAGGACUGGUUACAAAUAUCAAAUGGAGCCCGGAGGAUGCAGCAGACUUGUUUGAUGUUCUUCUAAAGCGAUUUGAGUCAACAACAACUGACAGAUCACUUCUCCUCUCAUGGAUGUUAAACAUGUUGCACUGUAUAGAGAUUCAUUAUAUCACUCCCAGUUGGAAAUGUCAAGGAAAGACACUUAUUGAGUUGGUCCGAGACAGGACUUUAACAGAUGAAGACCUCGAAAAAUGUUUAGCCAAUGACCCAGACAAGCAACUGGAUGAAAUUCUUGAGGAAAUCCGCCACAAGAAGUUAAACCAAAUUGGUGAAACAGUUUUAGAUGACGUGAGACACAUUGUAUCAUCGGUCAGUAAAGAUCUUAAUUCACACAGUAAAGGAUCACAGCAGAGUGGCUUGAAAAAAGACUUGCUAACGCUCUGUCAGGCAGCUGAGGAAGCUCACUUCAGACCACGACUGACACAGAUGGUGAGCUGGUGUAUUAUGGCUCUUUCCAAAACGGGUCAGUUAAUUCAGGUUGGCACUGGAGAGGGGAAGUCAUGUAUUGUGGCAAUGUUUGCAGCUUUUCGAGCUAUGAGAGGAGAAAAGGUAGACAUCAUGUCCAGCUCAUCAGUUCUUGCACAAAGAGAUUUUAAAGAAUGGCAAAACUUUUAUAAAGUUUUGAAUAUCAGUGUCAGCUGCAACACCAACAAGCAAGACAAAGACUCAAAAAAGUGCUACGAGUGUCAGGUUGUUUAUGGUACGGUGGAAAAGUUUGCUGGAGACUGGCUCCGGCAUCACUUUCACAGGAUGGACAUAUUUGGGCAAAGAAAAUUCCAGUGUGCAAUUGUGGAUGAAGUGGAUUCUUUGAUGCUAGAUAAAGGUCAUCAUGUGGUCUACUUAAGUAGUGAUAUGCCAGCUUUGCAACAUCUCAAUCCACUUUUGGCAUUCAUAUGGUCCACUGUUAAUAAGUACACAGAGAUUGGCACAAAGACAACUGUGGGGCAAACAUACCCCUUCCCUCAUGUUGUGCUUGAAAACAUAAAGGUCAAAGAUGUCGAUGAGUUCAGCAUCCUUCAAAUGGCUGAGGACACAGGUUUACUGGCAAAAGGUUCAGUCAAUGACCUUAAAAGGAACCCAAGCCUUUUAACUGAAAAAACUGCGAGUGUUACUACUGACCAGUUGGCGAAGUUCUUUGAGACAGUGGAGAGGAGAUUCCCUUCUUGCCAGUUUGCUCUGCACUGCAAAAACAAUGUUGGAGCAAUAGAGGAACUGAACAACGGACCACAAAAAGAAACUGCUGGAAGGCAGAGAGUGCCACUGCUUUUACUUAAUGGAGGCUUCUGUCAGUACAUGUAUUCUGAUGAAAACAGUGUACAGGAAGCUGUCCAAGCAGAAAUUGAACAGGCUUUGCAUUUCACACCAUGCAAACUGAGCCAAGAUAAAGUUAGCUGCUAUAUGCCGGGCUUCCUUUCAGAACUGGUCAAAUUUAAACUAAACGUUUGGAUUAAAAAUGCAUUACAUGCACGAAACAUGAGAAUGGAUCAUGAAUACGUCCUCGAGAGACAUGGGGUAGUGCCUGUUGACUACAGCUGCACAGGUGUUGUUGAAAACAACAUGCAAUGGACAGAUGGGCUACAUCAGUUUCUUGAAAUGAAACAUGGGUCCAAGCUGAGCGACAUGACAGCCAUCACAAACUAUAUGUCCAAUGUUGGCUUGUUUCAAAAGUAUGGAACUCAGAUCUUUGGAAUCUCAGGGACUCUUGGACAACAAUCAGAGACUGAGACGUUGCAGAAAAUCUAUGAAGGUAUAAAGACCUGUCGGAUACCUUCAUUCAAACGCAGAAAGCUGUUUGAGGUUGAAGGAGUGAUUGUAAGUGAUGAGAAAGAAUGGAUAAAGAAAAUCUGUAAUGUUGUCACUGCAAAAUCCAACCCUACUCCAUAUAGGGCUCAAAGAGCUGUGUUGGUCAUCUGUGAGACCAUCAAACGUGCAAAAGUUGUCCACCAUGAGCUAGGAGAUAAAGUCCCGAACAAGACGCUUUACAUAAACAACAACAUGGACAAUACUGCAAUCUUUGCCAAGAAGCUUGAAGCAGGAGAGGUCCUUAUAGCAACAAAUCUAGCAGGUCGUGGGACAGACCUUCAGGUUUCUGACGAGGUAAAGACAGCUGGAGGUUUGUUCGUUGUGCAGACCUUUCUGCCAAAGAAUGCUCGUGUGGAGUCUCAAGCAUUUGGCCGUACUGCUAGACAAGGAUCUCCUGGGUCUGCUCAACUCAUCAUCUGCCCCAGCCAUCUGUCAAAGUCCCUUGAAUUGGUGGCUUUAAUAGGCAAACAUCUAUCUGUAUUGGAAAAUAUAUUUAAUGACAUGCUAGUUCAUCAACAUCUUUUUGUGGUGCAAUUAAGAUUGUAUCAAAAAAGCCACAGCAAUGAAGUAUCUAAAGAUUUGGCUAUAAAAGUGUUGACAAAAACCUCUGAUUUGGGGAUAAAGACACUUAAAGAUGCCAGAAAUGACUCUGUGGAACAAACACUAGCUAGCUAUUUGGAUUGUGGAAUCCCAACGAUAAAGAAGAAGGAAGAGCUCUUCAGUCAGUAUCUGGAUACACUCAAUGAAGUGUACAAAAGCAGUACCAAGCCAGCAGAAUCAGAUUUGUCUGCGCUGAAUGAAUUCUGGGGUAUGUGGCUACUCACAAAGUUCAAUGAGGAUAAAUCUUUGAUGGACUUAAAAAACAAACUAAAUGAAGACCUGGAAACAGCAAGGAAGAAACUCAGCAACAGACAAUCACCCUCAUCCAACCUGCACUACUACACUGCAUUUGGCACUGAGCUGCGUGAAAAGGGAAAGCUCGCAGAGAGUAUCGAGAUGUACACUAAGGCCAUACAGGAGGACCCCUGUUGGGCAGCGAUUGCAUUUUACAACCGCGCUUUUGCUUCUUUAACCCAGCAACACAAGCAUCAGCAGCCAACUUGCAUCAAUCUAGCUCGGGAAGAUUUGCUGAAUGCACUUGAGUCUGUUGAGCUCUACUGUGAACAAAUUGAGCUUACUUGUAGAUACUCCACACAAGACAGGAACCCCCACAGCGAUUUAAUCACCCGAUUAGAAGGUCACAUGAUGACUAGACGCAACGUGUUGGUUUAUUUCAAGGCAAACAUUCAUGAGGCCAUAAAGAAGUUAGACAGGGCUAGAGACAUAGGUGGAAAUGUAAAAGUGGAGGAAAGUUUAGUCUUCUUCCUAGCUCCACUCAUGGAUGUCCUGCCCUUGGCAUGCCUUUCAACAGAAUCACUGACUACAAUCCGCUCCAGAGACCCUCUGAAGUUGCUCCAGCUCACCACUCAUCCCUUUUUUGACAUUCUCUAUGAACUGAGGUGUCUUCAAUCUCUGGGCCUGACUCACGUCUACACCUUAGACACACUGUUCUCUCUGAGUGGCUAUUUCUCAAAGGUGCUAAGGAAAGCUUUUAAUUAGAUGGCAGGCGUUCAGCACUCAAACAAAACAAUCAAGCAAGCAACAGAUCAUACAAUGGUGUUGGUGUAUAACAAAACCAAAACCAAAACCGUUUUAGGUGUUACUGGAUUUUUGAUAAAAUGUUAACCAGUGCAGGUUCCCUGUCCAUUGUUACAAUUCAUGCAAUAUGCUAGAUUUUCAUCUAAGAUGUCAAGGUAACAGAAAAAGGAAGUCUUAAUAUUAAUACAUUUUUAUUGUACUUCAAACAAAUAUCGUGCAAUUUAAAGAAUGUUUUCUCCAUUUUGUUGUCAUGAAUUUACUUGGUUCUUUAUAUUUAUUGAAAUCCCAAUGAUAAAAUAAUGUUGUAAUACUGAUACUAAAGUACAUAACAGGGUUACACCCUAAUAUUGUUUUUUAUAUUUUACCUUUCAAAACAUACACCUACACAAUUAAAGAGUUAUUGUUGAUUGACAUUAACAGGAUCAUUGAAGUAGUUUUUAUUCACUGAAGAUUUAUAUUUUUAGAGAGCUAUAAAUAUGUGUAAAAGGCAUUUUGAUUCAGUAUAAAAAAAUCAAUCUAUCAUCACCUGUUGGCUAUUGACUGUUCAUUUUAAAUACAUAUUACCUAUCAACAAUAUAGUAGUAAUAAUAAUAAUAAUCAAAGUGGUACUGAAGUUUCCCUGCAUUGGAGACUGCAGUAAUGUAGGUCUUUGCAGUUAUUUGUAUAGCACAGUAUCAUAACGUUUUAUGAGAUGCAUUAAUAUUAGAAAACAGGAUUUGUCACAAUUUCCACUUUAGGCAAUAAGAAUAACUGGUUAGUGUUAGGUGUAUACGUUUGGCAA